CACAUUGUACUAUGCUUCAGACUCCGUUUCAACUUUCAACCGCCAUUCUUCGUUUCAAUUCAUUUCCAAAGCCCUCUCAGAAUUCCCGAUUGAAAUUCCUGCUUACAAGAUUUUAGCUACCGGCUCAUCUUACUCCGUCGUCAAUGGCGGCAAUGGCGAUGGCGGCAUCUUCAUCGUUUUGCCGACCUCUGCCUGAAUUAGCCUCGGGGCGGGCCAGAAAUCCGGCGUUGCUGAAUAGGAGGAGGCCACGAGUUGUGGCGAAUUGGGGGCAUUUCGGGGAUGUGGUUCGCAAGGAUGUGGAGUUUAUAAAGGUUGGAUUGAACAGAGGGAUUCGGUGGGCGAAUGAUGCUUUUCGAAUUCCGCAGGUUUCGAAGACCGUCGACGAUCUUUUAUGGCUUCGCAACAUUGAGGAUCCUCAAGCUGUUAAUCUUCCGACUCCUUCUCCGCCGCAACCUUCGUAUCCAGAACUCUCUGGUGUAGAUUUGUUCAUGGCUGAUCUUAAAGCCUUAGAAGCAUAUGCCGUUUAUUAUUAUUCUCUAUCUAAAAUUUGGACAAAACCACUUCCUGAGGUCUAUGAUCCACAAAGUGUUGCUGAAUAUUUCGGUUGCAGGCCUCAUGUCGUGGGCCUUCGAUUGCUAGAGGUAUUUUCCUCCUUUGCUACUGCAGCAAUAAGGAUUCGAAUGUCUAGAGUUCAAAAGUUUCUGGGGCCAGGCUUAGAUGGAGAAAACGAUGAAUCAAAAUCCAAAUUUGGGUCGGUGCUCAAGGAAACCCUCUUAAACUUGGGCCCUACUUUCAUCAAAGUUGGUCAGUCCCUUUCUACAAGACCCGAUAUCAUUGGUAGUGAAAUUUCAAAGGCUUUGUCUGAGCUACAUGAUCAAAUUCCUCCUUUUCCCAGGACCAUUGCUAUGAAAAUUAUUGAGGAAGAAUUAGGUUCUCCAAUAGAAUCGUUUUUCAGCGACAUCUCUGAAGAACCUGUGGCUGCAGCAUCUUUUGGUCAGGUCUAUCGUGGAAGAACACUCGAUGGCAUUAGUGUGGCUGUGAAGGUUCAACGCCCUAAUAUGCUUCAUGUGGUCGUGCGUGAUGUCUAUAUUCUUCGACUUGGGCUUGGAUUCUUGCAAAAGAUAGCAAAGAGAAAAAGUGACCUUCGAUUGUAUGCUGAUGAACUAGGGAAAGGUUUGCUUGGGGAAUUGGAUUAUAAUUUAGAGGCCACCAAUGCAACAGAGUUUUGGGAAACUCAUUCCCAUUUCUCAUUUAUACAUGUGCCCAAAGUUUUCAGACAUUUAAGCCGAAGGAGAGUCUUGACUAUGGAGUGGAUUUCUGGUGAUAGUCCAACUGAUUUACUCACUAUAUCUACUGAGAAAACAAGCUCAGCGUAUUCAGAGAGGCAAAAAGUUGACGCCAAAAGGCGUCUUCUGGAUCUGGUUAACAAAGGAGUUGAGGCAACAUUAGUCCAGCUUCUCGAUACUGGAUUACUUCAUGCCGAUCCACACCCCGGAAACUUGCGUUACAUACCUUCAGGACAAAUAGGGUUUCUAGACUUCGGUUUACUUUGUCGGAUGGAGGAGAAGCAUCAAUUAGCAAUGCUUGCGUCGAUUGUUCACAUUGUAAAUGGGGAUUGGGCUAACCUUGUUCAAGCUCUUGCUGAAAUGGAUGUUGUGAGGCCAGGGACUAAUUUACGACGUGUUACCUUGGAUUUGGAAUAUGCCUUGGGAGAAUUAGAAUUUAAAGAUGGAAUUCCUGAUGUAAAGUUCAGUAAGGUUCUUGGCAAAAUCUGGUCUAUAGCCCUCAAGUAUCAGUUCCGCAUGCCUCCAUACUAUACACUAAUGCUACGGUCUCUUGCCUCCUUGGAAGGUCUGGCACUAGCGGCAGAUAAAGAUUUCAAGACAUUUGAAGCUGCAUUUCCUUAUGUAGUUCAGAAACUUCUUACUGAAAAUUCCAUUCCUACCCGGAAGAUAUUACAUUCGGUGGUCCUAAACAAAAAGAAAGAAUUUCAAUGGAAAAGAAUUGCUCUUUUUCUCCGAGUAGGUGCAAUGAGGAAAGGUUUGCAACGAAUGGCAGCUCCACAUAAUGAGGCAGCCAUUGAAUAUUCAACCGUUAAAGCUAAUAGUGACCUUGAUGUUGUAAAUUUAAUUACAAGGCUAUUGGUAUCCAAAGAAGGUGCAGUGCUUAGAAGACUUGUAAUGACCGCAAAUGGAGCUUCACUGAUCCAAGCAAUGGUUUCUAAAGAGGCAAAGUUCUUCCGUCAACAACUCUGCACAAUUGUGGCUGAUAUAAUACACCAAUGGGCACUUAGAACGCUAGGACAGGGCAACCGAGCUACCGGUACGACGAUUAAAACAGGAAUUCCAUCCGACAGGAGAGGAGGGCGGAGUAGUUCACAGUUAACAACAGGCCAAAUUGAUUACAGUUCCUUCUUGAAUGACCGGCGGAUCAAAUUGCUUUUCUCUAAGGUGCUCAAAUCAGCUGGCAAAAAACCAGUUUUAAUGCUCAAGUUCUUCUGGACAUCCAUCAUAAUUUUGGCAACAGCUUCUGCAAUGGCUUGUCACCGGACUGUUGUGUCCUUGUCUGAACUCUAUUUGGGUCCCAUAUCACUUGCUCCCAAGCGAUAUGCUGUACCUGCAUGAUGUGCACGUAUGGUAAGAACUCUGCUUGCACUUGCGAACCAGAAAAAAGAUUGCAUCAUAUUUUAGGGAUAUUAAGGAUGACUUGGCGCUGUAUGUAUUAGAGACUUCAACGCAUCAAAUAGAGAGCAUAUAACAUGUAUAGUAUUCGCGGUUAUUGUUAGAAGCUUUGGCAUUUGAUCUAUGGAUUAUGUUCUUGAAUGUUUAUAAAAAUGUGGAUUUUGUUCUCAAAUGUCAAUAAUUAACAAAAACACUAGAAAGUAA